GUACUUUCCAAAGUACAUCUAGUUUAUAUAAAAUGUUAAUUUUUUAAGUUUAUGUACCGGACUAAAAAAUUUUCUAGCAGUUAAAGGACGCACAUCGAGCGCUGCAGUAGGAACCGUAAUUUUGCAGUUGCUGUCUUAUUUCUUUAUCAGUGCUCCUACUCUCUAUGUCUACUUAUUGCGCUUAAUAUUGUUACUAAUUUUGUUGAAAUUGGCUACUUGGACUCUUAACUUUGGAAAAUAAAAGGAAGCGAUCAUUUCCUUUCCUGCAUCCGACAAGAAAUAAUCAACGAUUAUUAAUCGCUUAUCUAAAGCUGUUAGUGAAAAAAAGAAAGAAUUCAAUUAGGCUUCCUGCUGUUCUAUAAACGGAAUAACGGUCAUAGGUCGCAUCGCAAAGGCUUUUUAGUCAUCGAUAGAAAUUCUGAAACUAUAGAAAUGAACUCUUCUGGAUUAAUCUACGACGCCUCCGCCUUACAAUACGGAGCUUGGGGUGUCUCUGGAUCCCUUAUUUCAGCAUUAGGACUUUUGGGAAAUGUAUUAUCUAUAAUCGUUUUAUCUGACCAUCGAUUUAGAUCGUCAACAUCAGUUUAUCUUAUUUGCUUAGCUGUCGUUGAUAUGUUGGUUCUGGUUUCGAUGCUACUCUGCUUCUCAUUACCUGCUAUAAGUAAUUACACUGAUCAAUUGGAUUUCUAUAACUCAGAGAUAUUUCCCAGAAUGAAUCCCUACGCUUAUCCUCUGGCUCUCACAGCCCAGACUUGCAGUGUGUUCAUAACUGUUGCUUUCACAAUCGAACGUUACAUAGUCGUCUGCAAACCCCUGAAAGCAAACAAACUAUGCACAGUAAAACGUGCUCGCAGAUAUGCUAUUCUCGUUAUUCUUAUCUCUUUGAUCUAUAAUGUUCCAAGAUGGUUCGAAUUUAAACUUAGCGAUACAAAUGAUAAUAACACCACAGUUCAAAUGCUAACAGCUUUAGGAGAUAAUCAACUAUAUAACUAUAUUUAUAAAGUUUAUAUGUACACCAUCAUAAUUGUUAUAGGCCCAUUCCUUUUUCUACUUUGUCUGAAUGCAGCUCUUGUUAGAACUUUGCACAGAGCCAAUCGGAACAUGCAGCAAUCUAAGCACUCUGCUCAGGAGCAUAAUAUAACUGUUGUUAUCAUAAUUGUUGUUGGAACAUUCCUUGUCUGUCAAUUGCCUUCGAUUCCUGAUAACAUAUGCGGAGCGAUAUACUCAUCGGCGGAAGUUCGUGAAAGUCCUAAUUUGAUUCGACUACAUACGCUAUCAAAUUUAAUGGUAAUAAGUAACUCAGCAGUCAACUUCUUCCUUUAUGCUGUCUUUGGAAAGAAAUUUCGAAGAGUUUUUCGGCUGAAACUUAACUUUUGCUUCGGAAUUCCAAUAAAAAACCAACAACACACGGAUUUCACAACUAUUCCCAUGAUAAAUACAAACAAUGGAGCCGUAUAAGCAAGAUGAAAACGUGUUUGUUCUUUUUUUGCAUAUUUUUCGCCAAUUACUUGAACAGAAUUGGCAAUUAGUUGACGCCGGAACCUAUAUUAAUAGACUGCCUUCCGAGGGCUUCAUCUAACCCUAUAAGGUCUCUAUUCGCUUGCAUGUUUGAGGAAAUAAGAAUUUAGGCAGACUUUGUUUAUUCUCCAAAUAGAUGUAUGUAGACGUUUUAUAUUUUUUAUAUUUUAUACACUAUAUUAAGCUUAUUCAAUUCACUUGCUGUAGAUAUUAUCUGUAAAUAAAGUCGUCCCUUUUUGAUUAUACUUUGU